ACUGCAGCCUCGUUUUGACUGAGUGACGUCAGUACUAUUUAAGACACACGCAUUCUUUGUCCGCGGUCAUUUUAUUUGCGCAGUCGUUGAGGGAGGAAGACAUCGUUUGAAAAUGCUGGAAGCUGACCGUCCCGGGAAACUGUUCAUCGGUGGCUUGAACACAGAGACCACAGAGAAAGCUUUGGAAGCAGUGUUUGGGAAAUUCGGGCACAUUGCAGAAGUCCUGUUAAUGAAAGAUCGUGAAACAAACAAGUCCAGAGGCUUUGCAUUUGUUACCUUUGAGAGCCCUGCAGAUGCGAAGGAUGCAGCAAGAGAGCUGAAUGGGAAGGCUUUGGAUGGGAAGCCAAUAAAGGUAGAGCAAGCUACAAAGCCCUCUUUUGGUGUAGGAAGUAGACGUGGGCCUCCACCACCGCCAAGAAGCCGUGGGCCUCCAAGAGGCCUCAGAGGAUCAAGAGGAGGUAUAGGAGGCUCAUCAAGAGGGCAGAUGCCACUUAAAAGAGGACCACCACCAAGAAGUGGCGGCCCCCCACCUAAAAGAUCAGCACCAUCUGGUGGCAUGGGUGGAAGAGCUCCAUUGUCACGUGAAAGAGAUGGGUAUGGAGGACCACCCCGUAGAGACUCUAUGACCUCUCGCAGAGAUGUGUACAUGUCGCCUAGGGAUGAUGGCUAUAGUGGAAAGGACCGGUAUGAUAGUUACUCUGGCAGAGAUUACGGAAGCUCCAGAGACUCCCGAGAUUAUGCUCCACCCCCAAGAGAUUAUGCCUAUCGGGAAUAUGGCCACUCAAGUUCCCGUGAGGAUUAUGGCUCCAGAGGAUAUGGGGAACGUGAUGGCUAUGGAGGAGGAGGCCGUGAUAGAGACUAUUCAGAUCAUCCGAGUGGAGGUUCUUACAGAGACUCUUAUGAGCCUUACGGUAACUCACGUAGUGCCCCACCUGCAAGAGGGCCCCCUCCAUCAUAUGGUGGAAGCAGUCGUUAUGAUGAUUACAGCAGCGCACGGGAUGGUUAUGGAGGCAGAGACAGUUACUCAAGCAGCAGAAAUGAUAUCUACUCAAGUGGGCGUGACAGAGUUGGGAGACAGGAGCGCGGCUUACCCCCUACAAUGGAUAGAGGUUAUCCUCCUCCACGUGAUUCAUACAGCAGCUCAAGCCGGGGAGUCCCCCGAGGCGGUGGCCGAGGAGGAAGCAGAUCUGACAGAGGAGGUGGCAGAAGCCGAUACUAAACACAAAAAAAUCUUAACAUGGACCAAAGAUGUUCUAUUAUAGCAAAGUGGCAUUUGCUCUGCCUUUACCAUCAAAGGACUCAAAAGGAGUUUGAUUUCAUUUUUUUUAUUUAUCUUUUUUUUUUAACCUGUACGUUUUCUCCUCAACAAAUUUUAUGUUCAUUCGAGGAAGUUGAAAUGCUUAAUCUUCACAAUUUGUUAGCCUAUCUCUGAAAUGUACAAUGUAUAGUAUAAGUUGUGUAUUAGUGUUGUAACUUUUUUCAAAGUAAAGUUUCACUGAAACGCCA